AUGACGGCCUGGUCUAUGGUAGGGAAGCUGAAAAUGGAGAAGAGGCACUCCAGAGAAGACAGAAAUGUGGAACAAGAUGCUGGGGAAUGCAGUGCUGAGUCUGAGGAAUGGACGAGCUCAGAAAGCGAACCUGAGCAACCGUACUUCAGAAGCGGCUGUAGCAAUGCUCAGUGGAGAGAAAAGGAGGUUUCCACUAAACCACAUCGGCCACUCUGCCGGUCCCCUUGUUUGGAUCGGCCAAGUUUUUCACAGAGCAGUAUCACACAAGACAUGAAGCUAGACGAAUGCAAAACAAAUUUGGACAAGGAAUACCAAGCUAAAAUGGAUUUUGCAUUAAAGCUUGGGUAUGCAGGAGAUCAGAUCCAGGCUGUACUGAACAAAUUGGGAGCAGAUGCGCUCAUCAAUGAUGUUCUGGCAGAGCUUGUGAGACUUGGCAACAAAAGCGAAUCAGAGGGACAAAGCGGUGCCAGCAGUACUGCUAGUACUCUGGUGCCAAGAGGCCCUUGCCCAAAGGAAAUAGCAAGCCCUGAAUUGUCACUUGAAGAUGAAGUUGUGGAUAACAGUGAUAACCUGAGGCCAAUUGUCAUUGAUGGAAGCAAUGUGGCUAUGAGCCAUGGCAAUAAAGAAGGAUUUUCCUGUCGGGGAAUUCAACUAGCUGUUGACUGGUUUCUGGAAAAAGGACAUAAAGAUAUCACUGUAUUUGUACCGGCAUGGAGAAAAGAACAGUCUCGACCUGAUGCGCCAAUUACAGAUCAAGAAAUCUUACGUAAAUUGGAGAAAGAAAAAAUUCUUGUUUUCACCCCGUCUCGAAGAGUUCAGGGAAGAAGAGUAGUUUGCUAUGACGAUCGAUUCAUAGUAAAACUUGCUUUCGACUCGGAUGGCAUCAUUGUAUCAAAUGACAACUAUCGGGAUCUUCAAAAUGAAAAACCAGAAUGGAAGAAGUUCAUAGAAGAGCGACUGCUAAUGUAUUCUUUUGUGAAUGACAAAUUUAUGCCUCCUGAUGAUCCUUUAGGACGCCAUGGUCCAAGCCUUGAAAAUUUCUUAAGGAAAAGGCCAGUUAUUCCUGAACAUAAGAAACAACCGUGUCCUUAUGGUAAAAAGUGCACCUAUGGGCACAAAUGUAAAUAUUACCACCCAGAACGGGCAAACCAGCCUCAAAGGUCAGUAGCGGAUGAGCUUCGAAUAAGUGCCAAAUUAUCUGCUGUGAAAACUAUGAGUGAGGGAGCCUUGGCCAAAUGUGGCACAGGGCCAUCCAGCUCCAAAGGAGAAAUCAGUUCUGAAGUGAAACGCAUUGCCCCAAAACGUCAGUCAGAUCCAAGCAUUAGAUCAGUAGCUGUGGAGCCUGAGGAAAAGUUAUCAGUAGCCCGGAAGUCUGAGGCCAGCUCUGUCCCGUCUCUGGUUUCUGCAUUAAGUGUACCAACGCUCCCUCCACCAAAAAGCCAUGCAGCUGGUGCAUUAAAUACUCGUUCUGCAAGCAGUCCGGUGCCAGGUUCCUCACAGUUCAUGCAUCAGAAAUCCUCACUGGAACAUAUGUCCAGUGUGCAAUAUCCUCCUAUACUAGUUACCAAUAGCCAUGGCACCUCAGUUAGCUAUACUGACCAGUAUCCCAAAUAUGACUCAUUGGGGGACCAUGGCUAUUACUCCUUACUCAGUGAUUUCUCCAACUUGAGCAUAAGUAGUAUCCGUAACACAGAUUAUUACGGGGCUGAUAUGGACCAGGGGAUGUAUUCUAGAAACUCAAGCCCCUGUCCUGACAGUUGCUUAAGCCAUACAAGUAAUGAUUCUUAUUCCUCUUACAAUGACUUGUAUCUGGGUGUAGCAGAUGCCAGUCCAGAAGACAAUGUGAAGAUCCACAGACUGCCAUCGCAAAAUCGUCUUCAGCCUUUUUCCCAUGGUUACCAUGAAGCCUUAAAUAGAGUUCAGAGUUACGGAACUGAAGAGCCUAAGCAAUCCCUUCGCAAACAGUCAGUUUCCCACUUAGGCCUACAUGCCCAGCAUCCAGUUGUUGGAGCACGGUCCAGUUGUCCAGGAGAAUACCCUGUGCCUCAAAAUGUUCAUCCAUCCACCGCACAUCCAAGCCGUGCCUUGGUCAUGACACGAAUGGACAGUAUUUCUGACUCGCGGCUUUAUGAAAGUAACCCUACAAGGCAGAGAAGACCGCCUCUCUGUCGAGAGCAGCAUGCCAGUUGGGAUCCGUUACCAUGUGCAUCCGACUCUUAUACUUAUCACUCGUAUCCGCUGAGUAACAACCUCAUGCAGCCAUGUUAUGAACCUGUAAUGGUAAGAAGCAUGCCUGAGAAGAUGGAGCAACUCUGGAGGAAUCCCUGGAUUGGGAUAUGCGGUGAGCCACGGGAAGCUCAUAUCAUCCCAGAACAUCAGUAUCAAACAUACAAGAACCUCUGCAAUAUUUUCCCUCCAAGCAUUGUCCUUUCUGUGAUGGAAAAGAAUCCCCACAUGACAGAUGCGCAGCAGCUGGCAGCUAUGAUUGUUGCCAAAUUAAGAACAGGGCGUUAA